AUGCACUUCAACAAGGCGGUCUCCUGGGCAGGACCGAGCAUGGACGUCAUUUCUUGGAAUCUAAGCAGACCUUUCAAAUGGUGGCAUUGCGUACAACAGGACCGAAUCAUUGAGAAGAUGAUCUGCGAAAGACACGCCGAGACGAGGGCCACGGAUUCUCCCGGUACAAAAGCUGCCGUAGAUCUGUUCCUGCAGGCAUAUCGCGAGGAAAAGAUGGGAGCAUCGGGCAAAGGUGGACGCAGGACAGACAAGCUUGAUCCGGAAUUCCUGAACCUCGCACGCGACAAUGUCAAGACCCUGCUUCUGGAGAGCUACGACACAACUUCAUCCUCAAUGGCCUACACUCUGGCCCUCCUCUCGGAACCCGAGAACACCCAUGAACUUGCUCGCAUCCGCGCUGAACACGACGUCGUGUUCGGCCCAGACCCUACCGAAGCUGCGGCCAUGCUCCUCUCCGAUCCCCGACUACUUAACAACCUCCCACUCACGACCGCCGCGGUCAAGGAAUCCAUGCGCCUCUUUCCCGCAGCGAGCACCACGCGCACAACCAUGCCCAACCAUCCGGCCCAGACAGUGUCGUUCAGGAGCCAACAGCUCCCACUCGCAAGCCAACAAAUCUGGCUCGCGCACUACGGCUUCGGCCGACGUGGCGACCUGUGGCCCGAACCCCGGAAAUUCGUCAUCGACCGCUUCAUGCCUAUGGCUCGCGCGGCUGUCUGUCUCGGCCUGGAGCUGGCCAUGAUGGAGCUCAGGCUAAUCCUAGUCCUACUAUGCCGCGAAUUCGACUUUGAGAUUGCCUACGCGGAAGACGCGCCGCGGCCUCACCGAGAGCACGGCGUCCGGGGCGGAAGGGGCUAUCAGAUCAUCGACUUCGCCGCGAAGCCCUUGGGGCAUAUGCCCGUGCGAGUUCGGCGGAGGGAGAAGAUUCAGUGA